AUGGCAGAUUUCGUUGAUUUCGCUACACAGUUUGCCGAUCUAGCACCAGCAAGGCCUAUAGAGCACUUGGGUGAUACAGAUCUUACGUUUGGCGGAAGAAUUGACUCACCACUGAAAAUUCAUGAAGAUGGAGGUGAACACGGUUGUGGAGGCAAGAUUUGGGCUGCUGGGGAAUUGUUAUGCGAACAUUUGAUUGACAAUAGUGACUUUACUGGAUUUCUCUCGCUGUGUUCUGAAAAGUUGAAAACUGACGGUUCUUGUACCAAUAUUCUGGAGCUAGGCAGUGGAACAGGCCUAGUGGGAAUUUGUGCGGGCCUUUUGGCAAGAUCAAAUGGCAUCGAAGCGAAAAUAUAUACCACAGACAUCGAAAUGCUGAUUGAGCUCAUGAAUUCAAACAUCAAGCUCAACGGGCUGGAAAAUAUGGUAUUUCCAGAGAUUUUGAUGUGGGGUGAACAAUUGGACGAGAAAUUCAAAACCGAUACUUCAAAUAGGAUAGAUUUGGUACUGGCUGCUGAUUGUGUCUAUUUGGAAGAUGCGUUUCCUCUCCUUGAAAAAACUCUACUUGAUCUUACCGAAGGUGACAAUCCACCCACUGUCUUGAUGUCUUACACCAAGCGACGGAAAGCUAAUAAGGUGUUUUUUCGUCGCAUAAGAAAGCAUUUUAGAGUAGUCACUAUCACAGACUUUGAGAGGUAUGAGCACUAUUCCCGUAAGCGCACGUAUUUGUUCCAGCUCAUUCGCUUCCAGUAG